AUGUCCGUUCAGAACGAAAGGACGCCCCUGCUCGACUCGCGCAACGGUGCGACGGCCGAGGAUGAGGCCGUGUUGGCCCACGAGAGCGCCUUUGGUGCCAUUCAAGAUGCGACGCACGGUGUCGACCCGAACUCGUCGGCGUUCGCGCCGCCACCGGAUCGGUCCCAGAUGAGUGUGCCGCCUGUGCCGGAGCUGCCGUCCCAGGGCCGCCCCCUGCUUGAGCUGCUCAUUAUCAUGAGUGCGAUGUGGAUUGGCACGUUCCUCGCUGCGCUGGACGGCACGAUUGUCGCUACGAUCCUGUCGACGGUCGGCUCCGAGUUCCAAGUGUCGAAGACGGUCGGCUGGCUCGGCACCUCGUACCUGUUGACGCAGACUGCGUUCCAGCCGCUUUAUGGUCGUCUGUCUGACAUUUUUGGCCGUAAGGCUGCGACGCUGUUUGCCUCGUCUGUCUUUUUGGUGGGCUCGCUUCUGUGUGGUCUCUCGCGCACCUUCGUGCAGCUGUGCGUGGCGCGUGCCAUUGCAGGUAUCGGCGGCGGUGGUCUGACGUCUAUGGCCACGAUCGUGACGUCCGACUUGGUGAGCCUCAAGGCGCGUGGCACCUGGCAGGGUCUUGGAAACCUGGUCUUUGCAGCGGGCGCUGCGCUGGGUGGUCCCCUGGGCGGUGCGCUCGCGGACGGCGGCAUUGGCUGGCGCUGGGCCUUUUUGAUCCAGGUGCCCUUGUGCAUGCUGCACUUUGGCGUGGUGUCGGUCAAGGUCAACAUCCCUGCAGGCCCCGGCAGCAUGAAGGAGAAGCUGCGCCGCAUUGACGUGUGGGGUGCGUUGUCGCUUGUCGUUGCCGUGACACUGCUGCUAGUGGGUCUGAACAUGGGCGGCAACGAGCUGCCCUGGAGCCACCCGCUCGUAAUCUCGUCGCUGAUCAGCUCGUUUGUGUUCCUGGGCGCGUUCGUGUACGUGGAGCGCCAUGUGGCGCGGGAGCCGCUCAUGCCCAUGUCGGUGCUGUUCAACCGCACGCCCGGCUUUGUGUCGCUGGCGUGCUGGUUCAUCAGCAUCUCGCAGUACGGCAUCCUGUUCAAUGUGCCACUCUACUUUAUUGCCGUCAAGGGCCGCAGCGCUGCGAACGCAGGCAUGCACCUGAUCCCCAAUGCAAUCACGGCGUCUGCAUGCUCGCUGGGCAGCGGUCUGAUUAUGGGCCGCACCGGCCGCUACCGCACGAUCAUGCUGCUCGGCGGUGCGAUGGCCGUGCUGGGUCCGCUGGGCAUGUGCCUGUGGAACGGCCGCACAACGUCCGAGUUUGUGUACUGGCUCACGAUGCCGUGGGGUGGUGCCGGCUUUGGCAGCACGCUGACGAUCACGCUCGUCGCGCUCAUUGCCUCCGUGGACCCGAAGGACAUGGCGCCGGCCACCGGUGUUACGUACCUGUUCCGCGCGGUCGGCUCGGUGCUGGGUAUCUCGCUGUCGAGCACGCUACUGCAGAACUCGCUCGUGCACUACCUCCGCAAGGAAAAGAUCCCGAGCGAGAUCGCCGGUGGCAUCCUCGACGAUGUCGGCAUGCUGCACCAGCUGACGGGCAAGCUGCACAAACACGCCGUGCGCGCGUACGAAAAGUCGAUGCACAUCGUGUUCCUGUGGAUUUUGCUGACCGGUGCACUUGCACUGCUAUGCCUCGUCUUUAUCGAGGAGAAGCCGCUGCCAGGCCACGCUCCGCCGCCGUCGCAGCGCCGCGACAACGCCGAAGAGUAG